AUGGACGUUCCACAACCAGGGCAAUGGCCCGUUGACCCUCAAGAAGAUCAAGAAAUCCGGAAAGAUCGCAUCUGGGUUGAUGGAUGCUUCGACUUUGCGCACCAUGGUCAUGCCGGGGCUCUACGACAAGCCCGUCAAUUGGGAAAAGAGCUGUACGUAGGCCUUCAUUCAGAUGAAGAAAUCUUGCAGCACAAGGGACCAACGGUAAUGACUUUGGAUGAACGGGUAGCUGCUGUUGAUGCUUGUCGCUGGACAACCAAGUCGAUCCCCUACGCCCCCUACGUGACAGCCUUGCCAUGGAUAUCCCACUAUGGAUGCUAUUAUGUAGUCCACGGGGACGACAUCACUUCCGAUGCUAGUGGCGAGGAUUGUUACCGGUUUGUCAAGGCCGCUGGCCGUUUUCUCGUGGUCAAGAGGACUCCAGGCAUAUCUACCACCGAUAUCGUCGGCCGAAUGUUGCUAUGCACCAAGACGCAUUUCAUCAAGUCUUUGACAGACGAACUUCAAGGCAAGUCAAACGGCACCAUAAGUCCAGACAAAGCAGCUGCCGGGGCCGAAAUGCUGGAAAGAAUCAAGGACUACGCCACAGAUGAGACUGCCCUCAACCCGGGUUCAGAAGUCUGGACUUGGGCCGGGAAGCAAUCAGAGAAUUUGGCAGAUCAGGAGACCGCAGCUGGUUCAUUUCAGCAGCUCGUUGCCGGAAAGGACCCCAAGCCAGGUCAACGCAUAGUCUAUGUGGAUGGAGGCUUCGACCUGUUCUCUUCUGGACAUAUCGAAUUUCUGAAACGCGUCAACGAGGCCGAAAAGGGUGAAGCAUACAUUGUGGCUGGCGUGCACAAUGAUGAUGUGAUCAACCACUGGAAGGGUCUGAAUUACCCCAUAAUGAACAUCUUUGAGCGAGGACUUUGCGUUUUGCAAUGUCGAUAUAUUCACGCAGUGGUGUUUGGAGCUCCAUACUCGCCAUCAAAACCAUACCUGGACGCGAUGCCAUUGGGGAAGGUCGCCGCGGUGUAUCAUGGGCCCACGGAUUUCAUGCACUCGCCGUUCGAUCCAUACAGGGACGCAAGAGAGCUCGGCAUCCUUCAUGAAAUCCCAAAGCACCCCUACUCCCAUGUCAAUGCUGGAGAGAUUGUAAUGCGAAUCAUGAAAGGGCGGCAGGCAUUCGAAGAGCGACAGAAAAGAAAAGGCGAGAAGGCUGUGGGGGAAGAAGCCGCCCGAGAAAGAGAGCUCCUCGAGCAGGAACAAGCAGCCAUAGAGACCAAACGAAGAAAUGUGCCGAGCUAG